AUGUCAUUUGAUUUAAGUCGAACACAAAAUCCAUUUGGUGGUGGAGGUUUUUUAGCUGAUCCUUUUCUUGAGCUUGCAGCAGGAGUAACAACUCCUGCUAUACCAAAAUCAAAUAAAUUCGAUCCAUGUGUAUCAAAUGGAGCUUUAGCUGGUUCAAUUAUUGGCACUUUAAUCAUGUGCACUUUUAUAGGAUUUCUUACAUGGUUAAUUUAUAUACGACCGAAAUUAAGAGAAUUACAUUAUAUGCAUUUAUAUGAAAGCCGUAGAAUAGCAAAUAGACAGCAUCUGCAUAGUAUUCCUUCUUCUGCGAAUUCUAAUCAUAAGCAACAAAGUAAAAGGCAAUAUCAUGAUGAUGAUGAGGAUAAUAGUGCUGUUCAAUUACCAAUAGAUGUUACUGAUUGUAAAUUUGGCACAUUUCCUUUUCGUCAAUCGCAAACCGCGAGUGUCAACGGUCACUAUAAUCGAGUUGAUUGGUUGAAUCGUAUUUCAUGUUCAUUUCGUUCAGUGAAUAUGGAGAAAGAUUCGGAAACGCUUGAUAUUCCAUUAUUAGAUCCAACAUUCAGUGGUCUUAAUUUUAGUAUAACAGGAAAUAUGCGUGCAGGUAUAUUUGUUAAAGAAAUAAUUGAUAAAGGAGCACCACCACAAGGCAUAAUAAAACCAAAAUCAUCGGAUCAAUUAAAAACAGGGGAUCGUAUCAUGGCAUUAACCGUAUGUUUUGAAUCAAUCGUUUAUGAAGAUGCAUUAACGAUACUUAGUUAUGCAUCACCAUAUCCGGUUAUACUUCGUGUACAACGUCCAUCACAUCAUACAAAAGUCAAUGAAACAUCAGAAAAACGACCGCCAACAGUGAAUACAACAAACAAAGUCAAAUGGCAAGAUGAUUUCGAACAUUAUGAUAAUGAUACGUCACAACAAUCUAUUGUCCAACCCAAUUCGCCAGUACCAGUUAACAAUUUGCCUCCAAUUCCAACAAAUUCAAAAGUUCUUGCAUCGCCAAAAAAACAUUCGCCAUCGAAAAAAACUCGUCCUAAUAAUAAUGCUACUACUACUACUCAAUCUCGUGUCAACAGUAGAGCAUCUUCAGCAAAUAAAGGUAAUAAAAUAAAAGCAUCACCCAAUAGUGCCACUGCUGCUACAUCCGGAACGACAACUAAACGUUCUAAUAGUGAUGUUAAAAAACAUCGACCAAAAGCAAAUACUACUAAUAGUAAUAAUAAUAAUAAUAGUCAACGUUCGAUAGCUAAUCAAAUGAUGUUAAUGUCGACUGGUCUAACAGCAAAACCAGCAGCUAACACCAAAGCACCACCAAUACCGACAAGUACAAAGCCAAUAAAAUCAGUAACUGACUCGGCUAUAUCUUAUCGUCAUUAUAAUAAAGGUGGUGAUGGUGAAGGAGUAGCACGCUCGAAAGAUAAACCCAAUAAAUCUGAAGCGUCUAUGAUGCCUUAUUACGAUUCUCCAUAUGAUUAUUAUUAUGGUAAUGUUUCGCAAUAUCAAUAUCUUCAUCAGUCACAUUUAAAUAAAAAUAAUAAUAAUUCUCAUUCGACUGAAUCAUUAACUGCCAUAACACCUAAUUUGGCGGCAUCGAUUUAUACAAUAAAAUUAUCCUCAACAAAAUCGUGUGUUGGAAUUCAUCGUCGACGUGAACGACGUCUUUCAUCACCUGCAGUUUUAGCAACUGCAGUGCUCGAUAAUAAUACAGCGAUAGACGUUGAUGAAAAAUUGGAUUCAGUUGAUAAUUCCGACUCAUUUGUGUAA